AUGUCUCUACAAGAUAAUCGUAAAUUAUCUUCUAUAUCACGAUCAAUUGAAGUGAUUGAAGAUAAAGCAAAUAAAAUCUAUUCGGAUUAUACAACAACCAAUAAUGAUCUUGAUCAUUUUCAAUCGACUCCGAUUGACGAUUCAAAUACGCAUUUACAAAUAUUUUUUCAACAUCUUGAACAUUUGUUACAAAUUGAUUUAAAAAAUCGAAGAUCAUUACUGAAUAAUAAACGGAACUAUUGGAAUUUUCUUGCUCUUGCACUUAAAGAAAGUAAAGGCUUAUACGACACAGUAUUAUAUGUACUUAAUACUCAGGAUGUAAAAACUUCGAUUGGUCGUGGUCGUUUAUUUCUUCGUUUUUGUUUACAAAAUCAUCGUUUAGGUGAUGUUAUACAACAAAGUUUUAUGAUGACUAAACUUAUGAGUCAAUUCUAUAAUGAUGAUUGUUUUUGGACAAAACCAAUAUAUAUGAAUCGUAUUGUUCAAGCACUUUAUCAAUUAAAUGACGUUCAAUUUGAUCUUCUUUCGACUGCACAGUAUCAACUUGAUGUUUGUUGGCCGACAGCAGAAUCAAUGGAUUUACGUUCAAAACUAUAUUCGGAUGCUACAUCACGAUUACGUACAAGUAGUAUAUCAAGUUUCUUAUCUAUGGACAGUCUUCCUUCACAUCUUAUGAUUUCAUCUUCGCCUAUGGCUGCAUCAUCAUUUCAAAAUUUUGAAUCAUCAUUUUAUGAUGAAAGUUCAGCACAUUCAAUUUCAUCUGCUGAUGAAUAUCCAGAAAAUACUUUGAGUUAUUGGAAAGAACGUUGUCAACAUUUGGAACAACAAUUACAGUUGAAUCAUACUAAAAUACCAUCAAACCAUGUUGAAACUCAAUGUUCUACAGAAAAACAUGAUCAAUCAAACCAAACAAUCGAUGAUAGAAAGCUAGUAGAUGAGAGUAUAUUCAAGAGUGAAACUGAGAAGCUCAAAUUUCAAAAAGAAGUACUACAAGAUGAAGUUAAUAACCUCAAUUUUCAACUUUCAAGUUUUAUUAUUCAACGGACAACAACAGAAAAUAAAUCGAAAGAAUAUGAGCGUGAAAUAGCCAAGCAUCAAACUAUAUUAGAUACGAAAGAUAAAGUAUUCAAUGAAUUACAACGUAAAUUCGACGAACAAACCAAACAGUUGAGAUCUAUUCAAGAUCAACGUUCAGCUCGUUCAAUUGAACAAGACAAACGAAUCGAAUGUUUAAACAAUGAACUUGCAAAAGCAAAUAAAUUACUUGAAACUAACCGAAUAUCAUUUGAAAACGAAAAGUUGGAAUAUAAUAGAAUUCAAGAACAACUUGAAGCUUCACUUUAUGAAAAAACACUCGAUUUUGAAGAAAUGAAACGCAGAUUAAUUAAAGCGAUCAAAGAAAAAGCGGAUUUGUUUAACUCAAUUUAUUCAUUUGAAGUUAAGCUUGGAGAAGAACAAUCAAAACAAUGGAUACAUGAAGAUGAUGUUCUCAAUUGUUCAAAAUGUGAAACAUUAUUUGGAUGGACUUGGAAGAAAUAUCGUUGUCGUCAUUGCCACAAGAUAUUUUGUUACUAUUGUGCAAACCAUUGGCAUCAAGGUUCAACUUCAAAUUCGCAACAUCGUUUAUGUGACUAUUGUCACGAAAAAUGCGUGAAAGAAUCUCUUAUGACAGAUUAUACAAUUCUUGAUGAUCCUAACGCAGAUCAUGAAAAUGAAACUCCAAAUGAUGUUAAUCUCACAUUCGAAGUAAGAUCUGAACGUAUAAGUUUACCCGCAGAAAAUCAAUCGUCACCAUCAGAGCAAUGA